UUCCAACAUCCACAAACGGCAACUGCUGUCACAACUUGAGAUUGAUGAGGUACAACGCAGGUUCCAUGGUGAAGGGCCCCAGGCUGCCAGAUCAGAGGAGGAGGUCAUACAAGAGAUUGGGAUGCAAGCCCCAGUGAAUGCAGAUGAUGAGAUUGGGUGGCCAGCCCCAAUGAAAGAAAUGCUGAGCGAGGCAGCAACUGACCUGAAAGCUAAGAUCAUGGCGAGAAUGAAAGCUGGGCAACCUAGAAACCGAUUACAACGGCUAUGUGAAGUACCAUCUGAAAGUCUCAUAGAAAGUGUGAAUGCAGCACUGAGGGCGAUCCCUACCGUAACGAUCACAGAAACCAAUGAGCUGAUAUACGCUUCAGCAUCAGUGAUCCUGGAGACUCUGGGCUAUAAGAGCAACCAUGGAAGCCAUGAGAUACGUUACCCACCAUGGAAAAGACGGUUGGAGGCUAAGAUCCAGAUGGCCCGGAAAGAUGUGAGUCAAUCAACGGUCAAUUAACCAAGACUGGAAACUGAAAGGAACUGGAAAGGCAUAUGGGAGAAGGAGGUUGCAAAUAACAGCUGUGCACAACAGUGCUUUGAUUGAUUAAUCUGGCUCUUCUAAUAGCCUUUGUUCUAAAUCUAAACCGUAAUUCUAAGAUAAGAUAACCUUUAUUUGUCCCACACUGGGGAAAUUUGCAGUCUGCAGCAGCAAAAUUAGGGGGGAGGUAACAAAAUGUUUCAGGAAAGAACUGUACACAGUUCAAUAUGUGUUAUAUAAAAUAUAGCAUUAGCAAUAUAUUUGUAGAAUAAAUGUAAUAAAUUAGCAAAAGCAUAGAAAACACUGCGUAAGGUGGCUGUGCUAUUUACAGUGGUUACAGGUUUCCACGUAUGUUUAUUCAGCAGUCUGACAGCAGUCAGUAGGAAUCAGCGGCGGUAUCUCUCCUUCUUGCAGCGCGGGUGUAACAGUCUCUGGCUGAAGGAGCUACGCAGUGCUGUCAGGGCGGAUUGGAAGGGUUGGGAGGGACUGUCCAUCAUAGCCUUUUGCUUAGCGAGCAUCCUCCUGUUGCCCACCUCCUCCAGAGUGUCCAGGGAGCAGCCCAGGACAGAACCGGUCCUCCUGACCAGUUCAGUUUCCUGAGUAGGAAGAGUCGGCUCUGUCCCUUCCUAAUCAGGGCGUCCGUGUUGGUUAACCAUUCCAGUUUAUUGUUUAGAAGAACACCCAGGUACUUGUAGGAGGUCACCCUCUCUAUGUCCGUACCCUCGAUGUUCAUCAGUGCAGACAUCAGCGAAGAUGUUUGUCCUGAGCGGCUGGGUGCUGAGCCUUCUCACACUAAAGAGGAAGAGGAGAAAAAAGAGGUAUCCUACUUGAAAGAGGAAGAGGAGCAGCAGGCCCAUUAUACUAAAGAGGAGGAGCUUGAGCACCCUUGCACAAAAGAGGAGGUGGAGGAGCCUAGAGACAUCAGCAAAGAUGUUUGUCCUGAGCGGCUGGAUGCAGAGUCUUCUCACAUUAAAGAUGAAGAGGAGAAAAAAGAGAUCUCCCACUUAAAAGAGGAAAUGGAGCAGCAGGCCCAAUAUAUUAAAGAGCAGGAGCUACAGCACCGUUGCACGAAAGUGGAGGUGAAUGAGCCCCCUGAGAUCAAAGAAGAGGAGCAGGAGGAGGUUAUCUGCAAGGUGCCAUUUAAUGGUGUCCUUCAGAAGAGUAUAAAUGAGGCGGACAGAGAGGCUCCAAGCACCAGCUCAUGUCAACCCAUGACAAUAAAAGGUGUUGGAAACCACCAGGAAGAAUCAAAAGUAGCUCCACGAUCAGAAAGUGACAACAUGUCAUUAAAUGCAGAUGAGGAUGAGGAGGAUGAAGGUGACUCUGAAGAUGAUCUGACAUGUAACAGAGACAACAAACCCUGGAAAUGUUCUCACUGUGGGAAAAUGUAUGCUUGUAAAAGUGCUUUGGAAUUCCACAUCAGAACACAUACUGGUGCAAAACCGUUCACCUGUUCAAACUGUGGCCGGAAAUUCUCUCGUAAGGCAAGCUUAAAAAUACACACAAGAACCCACACCGGUGAGAAACCGUUUACUUGCGCAGUUUGUGGCCAAAGAUUCUCUCGUAAGGGAUACUUAACACGUCACACAAGAAUCCACACUGGUGAGAAACCUUUUGUCUGCGAUGUUUGUGGCCAAAGAUUCUCUCGUAAGGGAUCCUUAAAAAAUCACACAAGAACCCACACUGGUGAGAAACCUUUUGCUUGCACAGUUUGUGGGCAAAGAUUUUCUGAGAAGAGAAAGUUAACAAACCACGUUAGAACCCACACUGGUGAGAAACCUUUUGCCUGCGCAGUUUGUGGCCAAAGAUUUUCUGAGAUGGCAAGCUUAAAAAUACACACAAGAAUACACACUGGUGAGAAACCUUUUGCCUGCGAAGUUUGUGGCCAAAGAUUCUCUCGUAAGGGAUCCUUAAAAAAUCACACAAGAACCCACACUGGUGAGAAACCUUUUGCUUGCACAGUUUGUGGGCAAAGAUUUUCUGAGAAGAGAAAGUUAACAAACCACAUAAGAACCCACACUAGCGAGAAACCUUUUGCCUGCGCAGUUUGUGGCCAAAAAUUCUCGUGGAAGCAUCAGAUUAAGAAUCACAAGUGUGAUGAUGAGACAAGCAGUCAUCAUUGAAGUUUCCACUUCUCACCUGAGAAGGUUUCAGAUAUGCAUGCGCCAAGGCUGAUUGUAUUUUAUCCACCUUCUUACUGAGAUGCUGACGUUUUCCUUUAGUGUAUUGAAAAGUUUUUAUUUUUUGGUUGUUGUAAUGAUUUAGAAAAUUUAGCAUUUUCAUCAGGGUUAUACUUUUGGAAUGUUCAUGGGAGGUAGUUUUCAUUUGGUUAGAGUUGUGGUUUUUAAAUGUAGUUUGUUGUGAGGAGGUGUAGUCUUCAUUUUUUUCCUCCUCAAAAUUCAACAGUCCUUGAAUUGUAGAAAAUGUAUUUUUCCUUCAAUUUUGCUACGUGUGCUCAUUUCUCCCCACCCACCUGCUGUCAAUCACCUUUGGAGGUGCUCAGAAUUGAAAGGCCAGUUGGCAGUUUUUUUAAUGAGCAAUGAACCAAUAUGAAUCUAAUCUGUGCACAACAUGCUAAUUUGUGUCUGUUUGAUGUAAAUGUUAGUGUCUCUAUCCUGUAUCAUUUGAAUAAACAUGAAUAAAAUAUUACAAAUGUCAGUGU